GUUUCUAAGACCGGGGUGGGCAAAGCCUUGGCUGGAGUAAGGUAGUUGGCGAUGGUCCUGCUUGGAGCAGGGGGUUGGACUGGAUGUGACCUCCUGAAGCCCCUUCCAACCCUCGUUUUCUCCGAUUGUAACCCAAAUGGGGCUCCAAAGAGCAUGAGGCUGAACUGCUCUCAGUGGUGGCAGAUGACAGAACAAGGAGCAACGGCCUCCAGUUGCAGCCAGGGAAGUUAAGGUGUCCCCUGAAAUCCCAGGAUGCCAGUAACUGUCAGGCUGUUCCCUGCCAUGGCCCUCUUUGGCGGCUGGCAUGGUGCUGGAGAGCGUGGCAGGGCAAGAGGAUGCAGCAGUGGUGCCACAGGACAUGGGCAAGCGCCCCUUCAAGUGUGUGACGUGCGGGAAGAGCUUCGGGGAGAGCGCAACACUGACACGGCACCAGCUGCUGCACGCAGCCGAGCGCCCCUACCAGUGUGACACCUGUGGCCGGGGCUUCUGUGACCGUGCAGCUCUGGCCACGCACCGGCGUAGCCACACGGGCGAGCGCCCCUUUCCCUGCCCGGCCUGUGGCAAGGCCUUUGCAGGCAGCUCAGCCCUGCUGGUGCAUCAGCGUGUACACUCAGGCGAGCGCCCCUAUCGCUGCGGGGACUGCGGGCAGGGCUUCCGGCAGAGCGCCCACCUGGUCCAGCACCAGCAGGGCACCCACAGUGCUGGUGCCCGCCCCCACACCUGUCCCCAGUGCCCCAAGAGCUUUGGGUUGCGCUCCACAUUGCAGCGCCACCUGCUCACCCAUGGAGCCGAGCGACCCUAUGCCUGCCCACAGUGUGGCCGUGGCUUCCGGCAGCGUGCCCACCUCCGGCGGCACCAAGCCACACACACAGGCCAGCGCCCCUUCGCCUGCCUGGCCUGCGGCAAAACCUUCGCCCUGCACGCAACACUGCUGCGACACCAGAGGGUGCAUACUGGCGAGCGCCCCUACCGCUGCGGGGACUGUGGGCGCGGCUACACGCAGGGUGCCUACCUGCGGCAGCACCAGCGCAGUGCCCAUGGUGCCAGCCCCGGUGCCCGCCCCCAUGCCUGCCCCGACUGUGGCCGUGCUUUUGCAGAUCGUGCCAACCUGCUGCGGCACCGGCAGGGUCACACAGGCACCCGCCCUCACGCCUGUCUGCAGUGUGGGCGCUGCUUCACUCAGCGGGCGCACUUGCGGGCCCACGGGCGCACACACAGUGGGGAGAAGCCCCACAUGUGCCUGCAGUGCGGUCGCAGCUUUGGGCACCGGGCAGCACUGGUUGCCCAUGGGCGCACGCACAGCGGGGAGAGGCCCCACGUAUGCCCGCAGUGCGGCUGUGGCUUUGCCCAGCGGGCCAGCCUGGUGGAGCACCGACGGAGGCACACAGGUGAGAAGCCACACGCCUGCCCUCAGUGCGAGCGCCGCUUCAGCCAUCGCUCAGCCCUGCUACGGCACUGCCGCGCCCAUGCUGGCGACCGCCCCUUCCACUGUGGCCAGUGUGGGCGUCGCUACAGCCGCAGCUCCAACCUUAUCCUGCACCAGCGUGUCCAUGCUGCUGAAUGACACCACCCCACUCCUGUAGACCAGGCCCCGGGCAUGGCUGGGCUCACCCAGGUGCCCUUUCUCUGCUUCAUGGGAUGCAGGGGACAGGGUCCUGUCCUGAACAUGAUGACAAGUCAUGUACAUUCCCAAUGCCUGGGGGGUGAGUCCUGGGCUUUCCCCCUCCCACCCCACAGCCACUGCUGGACCCUGGGAGGGAGGAGGGGGCUUGUGUGCCCUCAGGUGCCUGGGCUGUGGGUUCUGGGCAUGCUCAGCACCCAGCUCCUGCCAGCCUCAUGGAGACCCACAGCCCAGGAGGCUCCUCUAGUGAAUACUCCCAACAUGUAGGAGACUCAAGUCCAUGCUCCACCACUCUAUUCCUGUGCCUGGGGGUCUUGAGGCCAUAUUCCCCUGACCUAGGAACCCUCCCUGCCCUUGCCUUUACUUCCCCCCCGCCCCCCACAUUAGUACUGGGCCCCUGCACAGGACAGGGCUUGGCCAGAGAGAAAGCAGCAGAGAGGGGAUUCUGGCAGGGGCCUGGGUCACGUUUUGGGUCAGAGCCUUGAGCACUAGGCUGCAGCCCCUACACCAGGGAUGGGCAAUUAUUUCAGGCAGAGGGCCGCUUACUGAGUUUUGGCAAGCCAUUGAGGGCCACAUGACAGGCAGCCAGGGAAGAUAAAUAUUAAUUUUCUAAAUUUUUUAGGGGCCCCACAGGCCAGACAGAACGGCCUGGCAGGCCACAUUUUGCCCACCCCUGCCCUACCCAUUCAUUCUCAUCAUUCGCCGCAGCAUGAAUGCCUCUGGGCAGCUGUAAAGCAGAAAAGGCCCUGCCCCAUGCAUUCCAGCCCCACACCGUCAUUUUGACUACCCCCUAGCAGGGGAGACUGUGAACCCACUCUUCACCCCAUGAGACAGCACCAGGGCAGCGAUGUGCCCUACACAGGGGUAUUGCUUUGUUUCUGGCUCCUGCCAGGGCAAAGGUAGAGGCUGGGAUCCAAGCAGCUGAGAGGCCAUGGCAGAGGUGGCUCUUGGCUGGCACAGGCACACACCCACGUCUAUUGCCUUGGUUCUUGCUGGUGCUCGGGCUCCAGUGCUCCUCUUCAGCAGGGGGGACAAGGUAGGGGAGUUCUUUACUCUGGGCACAGGCCUCUGUCUGGGUGACACCCCCAGCUGCUGUGCAGGGGAGGUGGCCUGUCCUGGGGCCCCAGCUCAGGGCGCAGGGGUCCUACCAGUGCCAGGUGACCUUGGGGUGCCACAAUUCUGCUUGGUGGGGAAUGGGGUCACUGAAAGUGUGUGGGGAGGGGGGGUGCAGGGAACUGGGUUUUAAAUUAAUUUUCUACCAGGGCUUGUUACAGAGCAAGAAUAAAUGUCUCAAAUUCC